CAUUCACCAUUAUAACAUUCGAAUAUACUCUCUCAUCUUCGGAAAAAACCUCUACUGAUCUUUUAACCUUCAAAAUGAUUAGUACUAAGAAGCUUAUCAAAAUGGCUAGGAAAUGGCAAAGAUUGGCAGCUGCCGGUAGAAGGAGAAUCUGGUCAAAAGCAGUAGAGAUGGGUCACUUUGUAGUUUAUACAAAUGAUAAUAAGCGGUUUAUGAUUCCCUUGAAUUAUCUCAAGAGUGAGAUGUUCAUAGAGCUCUUAAAAAUGGCUGAGGAAGAGUUUAAAGUAACAAGUUCAGGGCCAAUUACACUGCCUUGCAAUUCAAAUUUCAUGGAGUACGCGAUCUCCAUGAUCCAAAAACAUGUCGCUGAGGAGUUGGAGCAGGCACUAAUCAUGUCCUUAGCCACUUGUAGAUACUCUUCAUUGUCAAAUGACCAACAUGAUCAGACUAAUCAACUAUUAUAUAUCUGUAGUUUCUAGAAAGUUUUCCUUGAUCUUUUUGUAGAAAAUGUGUAGUUGUACAAUCUUACUAAAAAAGUUAAUGAAAUUUCUAGUGGA